AUGGCUCCCGAACCGACUCGUUCCGAAGAGACGACCCCUUUGUUACCCAAAUUACCUACACGAUCUAUUCAUACCACUACUGAUCACGAUGCAUUACUCUCGCGUCAAACUAUAGCUAUUCGCGUUUCUGUCAUUGUUAUUCUCUCUGUAUUACUUGUUGAAAUAGGCGAUUAUAUGCUCCAAGCACCGCUGGCUCGGACGCUUGAAGAUAUAAUAUGUCGAGAUUAUUAUUCAUCUGCUCCUCUCUCUGGAUUUAGUGAAGCGCCUCGACUUUCGAUUCCGGAAAGUCAUUGCAAGAAUGAUGUUAUCCAAGGAAAAUUGGCGAUGUUGAAAGGGUGGGAUGGAACUCUUGCUUGUAUUCCAGGUCUGAUCAUGUCGGUACCGUUUGGAGUGUUAGCGGAUAAAAUUGGGAGGAAGGCUGUGUUGUUUAUGAGUUUGAUAGGUAUAGGUCUGGGCUUGGUCUGGGUUCAGGUUAUUUGCUAUUUUGAUACCUUUUUUGAUAUAAGAUGGAUUUGGUCGGCAAAUUUAUUCACAUUGAUUGGAGGCGGCUCCGCGGUGACGAGAACUAUGUACUAUACCAUUAUCGCCGAUGUAGUCGCCGAAGAACAAAGGGCUACAGUUUUCUUUCAAAUUGUGGCAGCUUCUUUAAUAGCCACUUUAGCUGGUGUACCAUUGGCUUGGUGGCUUAUAAAAGUCUCAAGCCUAAGGGUUCCUAUGAUGGCAGCUGUUUUGUUUGUAUUGCUAGGUGCUCUACUUGUCCUUGUUCUUCCGGAAACAUUGCAUCUAAGGGAACACCUAAGUAUUUCUUCACCAGAUCCUAAUCAAGCACGAGGAGAAGCAAUGGAAGAUGAAAGUAGCUCCAGCGAUGACGAAGGGGCAAUGACAUUCUCUAAAAAGAACUGGUCGAUGCUUCUUGAAAAUUUGGAGGAAUCCCGUUUCGUUUUCACAAACCCAAAACUGCUCGCACUCUCUGCUACAUUUUUGGUCCAGUCCUUGCAUGGAAUUAUGAACCAGUUUCUUCUUCAGCUUGCCUCGAAAAGACUGGGCUGGACACUUGCUGAUGCAAGUUUUCUCAUUCCUCUCGCUUCAAUCACAAACUUUGUUCAAUUGGUACUCGUUCUCCCUGCGAUUUACGCUAUCCUGUCGAGAUUCCAUUUGCAAGCUGCUGUGAAGGAUCUGAUGGUUAGUCGAGGCUCUGCUUUGCUCAUGGCUUUGGGGGCACUCGGGCUUUCAAUAUCCCCCGCUCGAGGUCUAUUCGUCAUUUCAACGAUCAUUUUUUCUCUUGGAAUGGGUCUAUACCCAGCUAUUCGAUCUCUUCUCACUGACUUGGUGGACCCAACACAAGUCAGUCGAUUAUACGGUGUUCUCGCCGUUAUGGAUACGAUUGGCGGAAUGGUUAGUAGUCCGUUAGUAGCAGGGGCUUUCAGCUCGGGUUUAAAAAGAGGAGGAUUGUGGAGUGGAGGGGGAUUUCUAGUUGCUGCAGUUGCAUAUGCCGCCGCUGGACUUCUAACUUUGUCAGUCAGUGUAAAGAAGGAUGAGAGCACCAUUCACGAAGAUGUGAAUCGGGUAGUCGAUGAGGAACUUUAA